CCUAGCCUUAAGUGCGCGUAGCAGACGUUUUCCUGUCAGGUGAGGCGACGUCAGAGUAUUAGGGUUACACCAAAGGACCAGGUAAACAUUGGAGGGUGCUGUCAAGUUCAACGAGCGAAGACAACCCAAAAUGCUGGCCGUGAUCAUUUUCGACCAGCUCAACGACGUCGUGUAUCUUCGCUGCGAUCACAAAUUCGUACGUCAUGUCCGAACAAUGGCAGUUGGUCAAGGUCUAUUGCAAGAUGUGGAGGUCGACCCCGAUGAGGUUGCUCAGUUGGAUCCAAACAUCGUUGUGCAACUGUUUUCUCCACUUGUGACAUCACAGCGUAUAAUGGCUACCCAGUUUAACAAUCCUUACACAUCAGUAUCUUGCCAGGAUGGAACGACAGUUGUUUUUCAAGAAUAUGCAGGCUAUCUUUUCGUUGGGGUUGGACACCAAGAAGAGGCACAUCUCCAGCGUAUUAUCAGUGUGACAAUUCGCAUAGUUCAGCUCCUGGUGGGGCCUUGUAUUACGGUACUGAAAAAGAGUGGGGAGAAGAGUUGUAUGUUGGACAAUCUACUAGAAGCUUGGCAGAACCUAUAUUCCAAAGAGCAGAGUUACCUGGUUGAAGCUGUCGAGAGGCUUGUUGUCAAUGCUGAGCUCUCUGGUGCUGCUGUCAAAGCUCUUGCUGCUGUUAUUGACAAAUUAAAGUCUUCUAAAGAGCUAACGCCAUGCCAUGCCCUAUUCUUUGUUAGAAACAAAUUACUUGCUCUUUAUUCUAGCCGAAGUGCCCAAGAACUGAGUUCAUCUGACCUUCUUUUUCUCAACAUGUUAGCCGAAGCAAUUCAGGUUAGAGAAGGUGACUAUAUGGAGGAGCGUGCUUCAGAAAAAAAUGCAGAAAGCCCUGAUGACAAGAAAGAUGACGAUGGCAUCGAAUUAGAAUCUGAUUCUGGCGAGUUUUAUAGUAUUCCCAAUACUCCCAUGUUGGGUAGAAGCACUCCUGUCAUGGAAGAUGAACCACAAGGCAAGAUUCGAAGUUCAAUUUUGUUGCUACGCUCAGACCUCUGUCAACUGACACCACACAUUGUUCAUUAUGAAACACUGUCCGAGGGUUUGUCCCUUGUCAUCGUCUCAGAGGUCAAUCGAACACAGCUAUCAAUACAGUUGACUACCUUAAUGACAGCACUGGAUGAAAUGGUGUCAGGAAAUGUCAAUGGCCGUGGAAAACUAUUGCUUGAUGUGUGUGAUACAGUAGUCAGAAAAUCUCAGGAGCUUGCUAAACGUCUUCCAAGAGGGAAGGCUGCAGAGCGUUCUGAAAAAGCAUUACAGCAGAUGGGGCUCCGAUGGGAUAACAUCAAGAAGAGUGGAUUGGAAGAAUGGCUAAGAAAUGGGGUUGAUUCAGAAGUCCCAACCAAAGUAGAUGCAUCACUAACAUCUCUUGUAGAGGCUACUCGGUCUGCUUGGCGGGUUUGUUGUCUUGGAGUCAGUUUAGCAACUGCUGCUAGUUUGGUUGAGUCAGCAGUUGCAAUUGCUUCUGAGCGUAUGGCUGAUUACUGCCACUUUUUAGAAGUUAAGGCUUUGAGAAAUAUGACUUUAGGUUGCCGCUCUGCCCUCACUAUAAAUAAGUAUCUUGAAGAGUUUCCAGGUUUGGUUCAUUUUUUGUAUGUUGACAGAUCAAAUCACCAACUCACUUCUCCUACUCUAAUGAUGGAGGAUGCUGGAGAAACUUCUAAGGAUUCUGAGCCUUCGGCUAAUGGUGCACGUGCUCUAACGGUUGCUCGUGUGUGGUCCAUGGUGGAAUUUGCCCGUUCUCAUCUCUCAAAGGGUCACUUGUCUCUAAUGUGGAAAGACACUACUUUCAGUUAUGCAUAUUUCUUAUGGUUUGAAGAUAGCAGUGGUAACCCACUGAAACCAGGUGAAAUUGAAGAAGGUAUUCAGGAAAUGUUGCCUUUGCCUGGUGUCCUCUGUGAGGAUUUCUACAGAUCUCUGACCACACAAGCAUUCCCGGGGAUGGAUCCCAGCCGUUUAAGAGUUUAUGAGUUAUUCUGCAUUCAUCUUGGCCUUGCUACAUCGCCUUGUGUUUUAGAACAUACCCGCAGACUUGCUGCAACUAUCUGGGAAGUUGCAGGACCCAUUGAUGCUAAUCCAGCAGAUUUACUGUAAAGUCUUAUCCAAUGGUUGCUUGCACCACUGCUGAUCCAAGGAAGCAUUUUUUGCUUUAAUGGAUUUUUAUAUCUCAAUUAUUCUAGAUCUGCAUUUGGACGCCUUGCAAAAAAUUUUUUUACUCUAGAAAAAGGAAUGGUUAAAGGUAUGAAUUUGCAAACUUUUAGCCUAUAGAUUAUUGCACAUGCUGGACACCAUUCCAUUCAGGUAUAUGUUCACAUGGCCGGUGAUUUGAGAAUAAAUUGAUCUAUUUUCUUGGUUACAUUUAGUUAUGUAUAUUUUGGUUCCUGUGUACACUAGUCAAUUUUAUACUUGUGCCAAUGAACGGAUGCAAAUUCUUAUGAAUGCUUACCAUUGAAUACUCAUUCCUUAACUGUAUUUUAAAUGUUAUAUUUUUAAUAUUUUAUUUCCUUCAGUCAGAAUUGCGGAAAAGUUAAAUGUUUAUGAAUAUUGAUUAAUUUUUGCUUUUGGUUUUCCUCCUCUUUUUUUUCUUUUUUUACUUGCUUUAGGUACCAUGACAAUCGCUGAUUUUUAGGUUAAAAGUGCAUUAUUCUGGAGUAACGUGACACACAUUUGGUCAGUUUGACUUGUAUUUGUUUGUCAUUGUCAGUCAUUGUAUGUGUAGUGGCUAUUCACUGGUCAUUGUGAUAAGAAUUAGCAGUGAUUUAAAGGUUCACCUUUCAAUUUUACUUUAUUAUUGUUAUCUGAUAUACCUAAUUUACUAUUUUGUUAAUAAUAGGAAAUUUUAUUAUGUAAGAUAUGUACAUGCAUUAAGAGAGAAUGAAGAAGUCUUAUUUUGUUAAAAUGCAUUAAUUCAUCAUGAUAAUGCCCAAAGCAGAAUGACAGUAGAAGUGGUAGAGAUACCCUUUGUUUUGCUACAACUGACUGGAAGCUUUGACAGAAAUAGCAAACAUGGCAAUGAUCAUACUUUCAUAAAGCUUUCAAAUGAAUCGAUGGCUUCCCCUAAGAAAAAUUCGCUCAACAUUUUACAAAUUGAUAUUGAAACAGGUGAUUAUGAGUGGGAAGGUUUCACUUUUAAAUUUGUGAAAUCUAUAUUUAACAUUUACUGUACUUUGAGUGAGAAAAGUCAGCUCAGGAAAGUGUUCAUCUAUUAUUUGUGAAUACCAUUAAUUUACAGGACCAGUUUUGUACCAUCAAAAUUUCUAAAUUGCAUUCACUUAGAAAGGGUCCCUGUCUUUGAUACACACAAUAUUUACAUUCCGUUUUGAUUUUUGACGAUACAUUUUUGAAUAGUGAAGUAAUCUUUCAACACUGUGUACAUUUUACCUUCUGGUUUCAAGUGCUUUCUUUAAGAUGAAAUUUUUACAUUAAAUUAUCUUUGAAAAUUUGGAGCUUUCAGUAAAUGAAAAGUGUUAGUAAAAUGCACUUUAAUCUGUAUAUGUGGUGUCUUUACAGAACUUAUUUUAUUACUAUUUUCUGUAAAGUUUGCUUCUUUUAUUUAAAGUGUUGACAAAAGGUGGUUGUGGAUCCUAAAUAUCUAUCCAAUUUGAAGAAAAUGUGUACUUUGUUGUUAGGUUUCCUUGGUGAAAAUUUGCAGUUGCUGUAAUGUUGACUCUGUGCAUGUACAAAUGUCAUUAUUUAUUUUUUGUGUAUAGAUUUUGUCCCUUGUAUCUACAGUUUUUAUAGUAGACCAACUACCUUUGGAUACUUAAGCUGUGCUUUCCCUUAGAUAUUCAAGUUGGGUAAGAUUAAAGUUUCUCUGAAUAUAGGAAAUAAAGACUUUAGUGAGAUCUGAAACUAAAAAGAACAGACCUUAGUUUACUUUUUGUCUCAUAGAAUUAAGCUUUAAUCGCAUUUGGUAUAUUAGGAUAGAAAAUGUGACAAACAUGAAUAGUAAAUGUAAUCUUCAUUAAAACAUUUACUUCUUUGCUAAGACAUUUUUUGUUUGUGUUUCAUUAUUUGGAUAAUUUUCUUAUACACUAAACAAACAUUUACCCCCAAAGGGAACCAUUAUAAUAAGCAAAUUGGCCGUAAAAGUAAACAAGCUAUAAAUAAUUCGUCUUUUUAUUUUUGUGUAAUUUGGAUUCAAUCUUUUUCUAUCAGUGGUGGAAAAUUGGUGAAUGCGCUUGUUACUGUUGGAUAUGAAAGUGAUGUUGCUGUUUUUGAUCUCUCAGCUUGACCAGCAGCAGGAGUUUUACAUCACUGUAUGAUUUUGAUUGAUGCAGUAACAUUUUGGAAAAUGUUAACAGUAGCUGAAUAUGAGUUCUGUGUUGAUUAGUAAAUAUUGUAGCCAGUGACUUGGUUUAGCUUUAUAAAGGACCAGAUAACAAAAUAAAAAGAAUAAGAGAAGUAUAAAUGUAGUGGUAAUAAACUUUCCAGGCAGAUCAAAUUGUUAGCAAACACAGGAAGGUGCUUAAUUCAUAUUCAGGAAGUAGCAAGUGAUAUGUUGCAAUGUAGCUAUGACAAUGUGGACUUUGAGUUGUUAACACUAUGUGCAAUAUAAAUUUCUUUUGACCAAUUUAUCAUAAUUGUGUAAAUGGUACCAUUUUAUGAAUAAUUUUUUGCUAGAAUGAGUGUUCUGGGUCCAGGGGUUUGUUUAGGUGUCAUAGUACUAGUAAUGGAGGUGGGUAAGUUAUGUCAAGUGAACUUUUGUUCACUUAAUGAAGGUGCUGAGAUGUAGUUGAUCAUGGGGUAUGUCAACUUUUAUUAGUUUGACAUCUAGUGCAAAACUGAAAUUAAUUUCUUGGUUUUUCUUGAAUUUUUAAGUUUUGCAACUUAAUAUAGCCCAUCCUUUAACAAGAGUUUUAUCACCACUUUUCUCUUUUCGCAUGUCCUGUGUGAAUCUUGUAUCCAUGAAGCCUGGGUUAGGGAAGAAGGUUGCCAAUGUUAUGACAUAGGCAGAGCAGCUGUGAGUUUCCCAAGAUAAAGCAUUGGAAAGAGUGCAGUGCAUUUUGAUCCUGUUGCUCUUCAUAAUCACUGUCCUCGUUUAAUUAUGAGUUAGUUUUAUAGAGUUUCAGUCAUUAAUUUUCUGAUGCCAAGCUGACAUUCCACAGUAGACUGAUGUAUGCAUUUGCUCACCCAUUAACUUUGCUGAUUGUUAGAGUUGGAUUAGUUUCAGUAUUAGCUAAGAAAUAGUUUGUCCAUGACUUAAGCUAGUCAGUUUUGCGAUUUUAGUAAGAAGGAAUUUGGUCAUGUGUCCUUUCUGCUUGUCAAGACUUUAAAAGUAUAUACCAAAUUUGCUGUUAAUUUGGAGCAUUUAUUUGCAUUUGAGUGUAUUUGCAGGACUUCAUUUUGGUGAUAUUUUGAAAUUUGUAGAACUGUCUCUAUUGUUAAUAUUGAAUAAAUUGCUGCUCAUUAUGUUUGAAAAGUUGGUCACAAAUUAUGUACACAAAAAGUUAAAUACCUAAGAAAAUAUACCACUGAGUUAGCUAAUGAAGUGCUUUGAAGUUCAUGAAUUUGAUUUGUAGAUUGUCUGCUGUUUUAUGCUAUAUAUUUAGUGUGAUGAAGUCGGAGGUUUCUUGGUAGAGAAUUAACUUGUUACAUUAAAAAAAUUUGUUGGCUGUAGACAAUUUAUAUCUUUAUAUAUUUAUGUAGUCUACGUAGAAAUGUGUGUUAAAUGUUCCCUUAUUUUAAGAUUGGAAGGGAGCUGAUGUCUGGUAGUAACUUAUCAGAGAUAUGCUUACUGUUAAGGGAACAGUUAUAGCUAAAAUAUUUUUGAAAGAGUACUGAGUAACUUUUGUACUGUAACAAAAUUGACUUGAUAAGUUUACCUUAUUCUCAAAAUAGUAUACACUUCGCAUUCAUACAUUUCAGUUUCUUUAUAAAGCUAGGACUAGAUGUGACUCUAACUUAAAGUGAAAAAUAGAGGUGUUUUCACCCUUUUCAGUCAUGAGCUAUAUGGUUAUUUUAUAUACUAUAGUGUACAUUAAUGCACCAUUUUGCAUCAUUAACUAUGCAGCUGUUUUAUACAUAGUUUGUAUUAAUGACAUUCCUUUUAUUUAUUGUUUUUGUCAUGGUCUGUUGCUUUAUUUUGUAGUUUAGCGAAGGGCAUAGUAACAAUAUUCCAAGAAAUGGGUGGAUAUAUGGUGAUUUGGAAUAGAGUAUUUGAAAAGUUAAGCUGUUUAGGUGUUAAUUCCUUAUAAACUCCAUAUUUCCAGUUUUCAUUGUUUUAGGUUACACUUUUGAGCCUUGAAAGAAAAUUGUCUAGCUGAAGGUUUUACUUCUGUAUACACAGAUUAUAUAUUCAUGUGUUAUGUUUUACCUGAUCAUGGGAUCAGUCAGUCAGUGUUUCUAUACAUUUGGAUGUCCCAUAAUUACUCGUGAAUACAUUCCUUGUGGUUGACUUGUGCUGCCAAAAUCGUGAGGAAGAAGAGUUAAUAUGUUGGGAGGUGAAAUUGUUCUCUCAGUCCUCCAUAUCUACACUUUUGAAAUCAUGCAACGAAACUUUUUGUAAACUGAUAGGGUAAGUAGGCAAAAUUGGCUUUUGGGCUUUGAUGAAAAUUUCACAAUGACAGAUUCACCUCUGAAUGAUGCUGCAUUCCCUGCCAAAGACGUAAAAGCAUUAGGGGUUCUUCUACUUAUAGUGUGAUACUCUGUUAUUUAUUUAAAAUUAUAUUAUUUUAUAGGUUUUUAUUAAGAGUAAAUCAAACUGCAUAUCUUUAAAUUGUGUACAACUGUUAUUGGAAAUUAUUUUCAUGUUUUGGUAGUGUUACAAGGCAAAACACAGUACCUACUAUAUGAUCUCAGAAGCUAAUGUUCAUUUAUACUGUCAUAUCUAUAGGCUGAUCUUUUCAUCAAAUUUGACCGAAUCUAAACAGUAUUGUUCAUCCUGCUGUAACUACAUCACUUUUGUUAGUUUGUACUUGACAGAUGGCAAGUUCUCUUGUUGUACAUGUGAUCUUUCAGUUGUUAAUGAGUGAAACAGUCUAUCCAGAAGUUAAGUAAAAAAUGAAGACACUAGUGAUUAGUGGUGUAACCCCAAUGGCAAAGUAGUCACCAAUUCAUUGUUUUAAUAAUUUUUUUAAACAUGGCAACUGAUUAUUAUACAUAACUCCAUUUGACAUAAUGCCAACUAUGUGACUAUGAUAAUCCUAAUUUCCCUUAAAAAGUGGACUAUUGUUACAUAUGAUUUGAGUAGUGUAUUGCAAUAUGGAUUAGAAGUUGGCAUACUACCUGAAAGAUGCAAAAUGUUUCCUGAUUUUACAACAGUUUGUUCCGACACGUUGUACAAACCCUCGGUCCUUUACAUAAGGAAUAGUGAUUCCUUAUGUUAAGGACCUCAGGUUUGUAUAGUUAGAAAAAAUACAAUUUACUUUCAAAAAUUGUAUUUUUCCUAACUAUAAACCUGAGGUCCUUUACAUAAGGAAUUACCAUUCCUUAUUUAAAGGAACGAGGGUUUUGUAUAGUUAGGAAAAAUACAAUUUGCUUUCAAAAAUUGUGAUUUUUACAAGAGAAGAGUGACAAAUAGAUAGUGCUACUUCUGAUGGCAAAUAACUAUUUGGAGAAACUAGGAACUGCUCUUACCUGAGUUGCCAGAGGUAGAUAAACUACACUGUCACUAUAGAAACUUACCAUUUUACUCUUCUGCUGAUACAGUAUUUUAGUUUUUCAAGCACACCCUGCAACUGUAAUGAUAACGACUGUUAUCUCUAGAUAAGUCAGGUGCUGCUGCCUUUUGCUAAUAGAAGCAAAUGCCAGCAACAUUAGGUAUGCAUAAUGCUGCUGCUUCUCCAUAUAUGGUCAUUACUGGCUGUGCACAUUAGAAGCAUUCAAAAAAAUUUUUGUUCCGGAAAUUAUCCAAGUUUGGGUGUUGUGUUGCAUUUUCAUUGACCAAAGAAGUUUUUUUUCUGGUCCCAUAACUUUCAGCUUUACAUUUUUACGAGGAAGUACUCUCCAUGAUAGUACCUUUGUUAUGCAAUCAGUUGAGUUUUGGAUGGUCUGGUUCAUUGUCUACUGACAGAUUACAGUACAUAUGUGUAAGAUAAAGAUUUGAAAUGAGUUUAAGGAAAUUGUCAUGGUUUUUACAUGGUGUGAUCUAUAUUGAAUAAGGACAAUUGUGCAGCAGUACUUAUGUACAUAUUAUAAGCAUGAGACUGAAAAUUACCUUGUACUUUUUAUAAUAUGAACCAUGACGUAGAGUUUAUUAUCUCAAUGAAUGUAUGGUUGAAAUGUUACAUUCCAUGACAGUAGUCAAUACAUGUGCCAACAUAUUUACAAAGACAUUCCAUAUUUUCUUGUACAGUUAUAAUGUGUAACCUGUAAUAUUUUUUACUUCAUGAAUGGUAUUAUUGUAUUGAAAUGAAGGUUAUAAAGUGGCUUGUAUCUGUAAAAUAGUGUCUUGGUGACAAUGAAACUUGUUAAGAUUUUACUAAAACUCUGCUGCUUUUUAGUUCCAUAUCUAUAUACCAAUAAGUUGAGUUAUACUUCAGUUGAGACAGGGAGCACUCUUGAAAGUAUUAGAUAUUGCAAGGUUACUCAGUUUUAUUGAUAAGAAUAUUAAGAAUAAAAAAAUAUUG